AUGAUCAGUUCCUGUAGAGAAAGCUUUCCUCCAUCCGACCGAUACUUGAAGGCUCUCAUAUCGAUGUUUGUAAAUCGUAUAGAGGAAAACGGAGGUGCCAUCGAGUCUGAUGACUUGGCAGAGAUCAUCUUUGAAACAAUGAGAUCCAAAGCGGUCGCGCCAAAUCCAGGCGUAUCCUCUUACCUCUCAUUCUAUCUUCCCAUUGAGAAAAAGGGAGAGCCACAAGGCAUAGCUCCCAUAAGGAUUCGACAGUUUCCUUUUCAUAACGAUGUUUCCCUGCGACUGUGGGAAGCAGGAGCAUGUUUAGCGGAGUACUUUCUUGUUAACAAGCAUCUAUCGUCAGGCAAGAAGUUCAUUGAACUUGGAGCCGGUGUUGGCUUGACUGGGAUAGUUGUGGCAGGAUGUUGUGGGGCAACAGCAGUCCAUCUCACUGAUUAUACAGAUGAGUGUUUGUUGAAUAUGGAGCACACGAUAGCGACAAACGAGGAAUGGCUAAAAAAAAGUGGCCACAGUUCUAGUUCAGUCACUCAGGGCUAUUUGGAGUGGUCAAAGUUUCUACACCAGGGUGUGCCCUCCAGGAAUGAUGAGUCGUCAUCAGAGCUUCAUCAGGCAGAUAUUUUGCUGGCUGCUGACGUAAUCUAUGAUAGAUCGGUAAUCGAGAGCCUUGUAGCUGUGACACACACGUUCCUGUUGGUAGAUCCCGACGCGAAAGAAGCCAUUUUUGCAAUCACUAAAAGAAAUCUAGAGACAUUCGAGAUUUUCUUGAAGCACUUGAACGAGUACGACAUCUAUUCUGAAUGGAUUGCCGAUGGCGAGAAAUGCACUAGUUUGCCACUUGUUUUCAAGUGCAAGUUUAACCAAGAGCGGUCUGACGUGCGGAUUGUGAGCCUUAAAAUGAAACGAUAA